GAAGACGCGCAGGUGGAACUCGUGUACCGAGAGAUGGUCAAACUGGACGAUGCAGAAGCAGACAACACUUUGGACUCUAUUGUUUUUAUCGGUUCUCGUGUUCCCUACCCUAGCUGACCAUCCGAUCGGUACGACUAGUGACUCUUCCAAAGAAGACGGAGUAUGCCAAAGUAUAGACAUACGAAACGGAGUGCGAAACUUCUCGAAACUAAAAGGAUGCCGGAUAGUCGAAGGCUUCGUACAAAUUCUCUUAAUCGACAAUGCGGAACCAUGGGAGUACGCCAACAUUUCUUUUCCGGAGCUGAGGGAGAUCACCGGCUACCUACUUUUAUACAGGGUAGACGGUCUGCGCAGCAUCGGUCGCCUGUUCCCCAACCUGACGGUGAUUCGCGGUCAUUCUCUUUUCAUUAACUAUGCUUUGGUCGCGUUCGAGGUGAUGAACCUACAGGAAAUCGGGCUUCACAGUCUCACCACGAUUCAGCGAGGCUCCGUUCGCUUCGAGAUGAAUCCUGCGCUCUGUUACGUGGACACGAUCGACUGGGACUUGAUAGCCAAGGCUGGCAGAGGUGAACACGUCAUCACGGGAAAUAAUCCAAAGAACGGGUGCCCGGUGUGCGAGAAAAACUGUCCGCGAAGUGUGACAAAGCCAGGCGAGACAUUGUGCUGGAACCAACAACACUGCCAACAAAUUUGCGACCCGAAAUGCGAGAACAACGCCUGCGACGGGAGUGGGAAUUGUUGUCACCCAUCGUGUCUCGGUACGUGCACCGGUCCGACCAUGCGCGACUGCAUGGUGUGCAAGGAUAUGAUAACCGCCGAUAACGAAUGCAAGCCGAAAUGUCCGAACGGCUUGCUGGAGUUCAUGAGCCACCGGUGCAUCGACGAGGACAGGUGUUAUCGAAUGGAGAAGCCGCGGGAAGCGUACAACGUGAGAAAUUACCCGUACAAGCCGUUCAAUGGUAGCUGCGUGAUGGAGUGUCCUCCAGGUUUCGUGGACGAGGAGAUAAACGGGAAGCCGUCGUGCAAAAAGUGCGACGGUCCCUGUCAGAAGGAGUGCGCCGGGUCGAACGUGGACAGCAUGGCUUCGGCGCAAAAACUCCGCGGCUGCACCCACAUAACCGGCAGCCUCGAGAUCCAGAUCCGCGGAGGCCAAAACAUCGUGAAGGAACUGGAGGACAGUCUCAGCACGAUAGAGGAAAUAGACGGCUACCUGAAGAUUGUGCGAAGUUUCCCACUGAUAUCGCUCAACUUCUUGAAAAAUUUACGGAUAAUACACGGCAACGACAUCGAUAACUCGAAAUACUCGCUGGUCGUGAUGGACAACCAGAAUCUCCAGGAGCUGUGGGACUGGAGCUGGCAUCGCGACAUAAAGAUCAUGUCGAAAGGCGAACCAGGCAAGGUGUUCUUCCAUCUGAAUCCCAAAUUGUGCCUGUACAAGAUCGAGACGUUGCGGGAAAAGGCAGGCUUGAGACCGUUCACCAACUACGAAGUGGCAUCGAACAGCAACGGCGACAAGGUGGCGUGCAACGUGACCGAGUUGAGGACCAGAGUCGGCACCAAGUCGCCGUGGGGUGCGGUGAUCGAGUGGGAACCGUUCGUUCAUCACGACGCCAGGUCGCUUCUGGGCUACGUGGUGUACUUCAUCGAGGCACCGAACGGAAACGUGACGAUGUACGACGGUAGGGAUGCGUGCGGCGGCGACGGCUGGAAGGUAGACGACGUAGCGGCGAAUAUGAACGCCAGCUUGAUGGAAAGCUCGAAAUUUCCUGGCCAAGAGGAAAAGAGAGUCCACACGCACUACCUGUCCCAGCUGAAGCCGUACACGCAGUACGCGUAUUACGUAAAAACCUACACGAUCGCUACUGAAAGAUCCGGGGCCCAGAGCAACCUGACGUACUUCAGAACGAUGCCAGAGGCACCGGAGCCACCCAGAUUCUUAAGAAUUUGGACCUCCUUGAGCGACGAGCUCAGCAUGUCCUGGUCACCGCCUCUGAACAAGAACGGAAACCUAACCCACUAUCGUAUCUUCGGUCGAUGGGAGCCUGAUGACCCGAACUUCAUCGAUCAGAGAAACUAUUGCGAGGAACCAAUGCUUCUAACGGACAAAAAAGCGAUCUCGAUCGAGGAAGAGGACAGGAUUCGGAUGGAGGAGGAAGAGGAACGACUGGAGGAGGAAAAGAAGCAAAGCAUGGCGAAGGCUGGAACCUGCGAUUGCACGGAUCGUGAAAACGAUCAGUCGCUUCGCGAAAAGGAAGCCUCGAGCUCGAUCGCCUUCGAGGAUGCUUUGCACAAUCAGGUGUACGUCAAGCGUAAGCUGAGAACGAAACGCGACGUCGGUGACCUGUCUUUCGUCCCCUCCAGUCGUAGAACGAAGGCCUUGGAUCGCGAACAGCCUAUUGCGGACAAAAUGGAGAAUGACACGUACGUGGUGUUCGAGCGACUCGUGCCAAGUACGAACUUGUCGUUCGCGAUGAAAAGUCUCCGACACUUCGCCAUCUACAACAUCGAAGUGCAAGCGUGCAGGGCACAGGAGAACGACACGUACAAGAAAUGCUCCACCAAGAGCAUGAGAACGUACCGCACGUUGCCGUUGGACACGGCCGACAACAUUCCUUCGAACACGUUCGAGAUGAGUACAUCUCGAGAAAAUAACAGCCUGACGACGAUGGUCACUCUUCAGUGGGAAGAACCGCCGCAACCCAACGGCUUGAUAGUGACCUAUCACAUCGAGUACAAGAGGGUAGACAUUCAAAAUUACAAACCGACGGUGAUCUGCAUCACGAGGCGAGACUUCACGCAAGCGGGGAAAUCGUACAUCCUAAAGGGUCUCCAAGCUGGAAAUUACUCGGUGAAAGUAAGAGCGACGAGUUUGGCAGGGAAUGGUGCGUUCACGGAAGUCAAGUACUUUUACAUCGAGGAACACAACACAUUCGGCACCUUCUGGGUGAUCUUCUGGUUGGUGUUCUGCGUGAUCUUCGCCAUUCUCUGUUUGACGACGUAUCAUGUACUGAAACAGAAGUACAUGAGAAACGACACAAACUCGACGCUCAUAGCGACGGUGAACCCGGACUAUGCGAGCGCGACAUACGUCCCCGACGAAUGGGAGGUGCCCAGAGAGAAGAUCACGAUACUCAAACCUUUGGGCAACGGUUCGUUCGGAAUGGUGUACGAAGGUAUAGCCCUUGACAUCGUGAAAGGCAAGCAAAAGGUGCAGUGCGCCGUCAAAACGGUCAACAAAGACGCUACCGAACGGGAGCGUAUCGAGUUUCUCAACGAAGCGUCGGUGAUGAAGGGUUUCGACGCCCAUCACGUAGUGAAAUUGUUGGGCGUGGUGACACGCGAUCAACCGACGCUGGUUAUCAUGGAAUUGAUGAUAAACGGUGACUUAAAGAGAUACCUGAAAAGUCACCGGCCGGAAACUUUCGAGGACAGCAUCAACCACACACCACCGAAAUUGGAGAGAAUACUCCAGAUGGCGAUCGAGAUAGCUGACGGCAUGGCCUACCUCGCCACGAAGAAGUUCGUCCACAGAGACUUGGCUGCCCGGAACUGCAUGGUCGCCGAGGAUCUCACCGUGAAGGUGGGAGAUUUCGGAAUGACAAGGGACGUAUACGAGAGGGAUUACUAUCGGAAGGGCAGCAAGGGACUUCUACCAGUCAGAUGGAUGGCACCGGAAAGCUUGAAGGAUGGCGUGUUCAGCAGCUAUUCCGACGUAUGGAGUUACGGGGUGGUGUUGUGGGAAAUGGUGACCUUCGCGUUGCAACCUUAUCAGGGACUAUCCAACGACCAGGUUCUGCGGUAUGUGAUCGAAGGAGGAGUUAUGGAGCGGCCGGAGAAUUGUCCCGAGCUGCUGUACGAGUUGAUGAAGCGCACAUGGAGGCACAAAGCGACCAAGAGACCAACGUUCAUGGAUAUCGCGACGACGCUUCUGAAACACAUCGAUUCCGAGAACUUUCAACGUGUUAGUUUCUACCACAGCACGGAGGGAAUCGAAGCGCGUAAUCAAAACAGAUCCACCUCCCCGCAGACCGAUCAGCACCUGGAACUAUCUACCUUACAAGAUUUGCCAGAGGAGGAGGCGGAAGGCGAGGAGGACUCUCCUUUACGGCAAGAUUUCGGUGACUUUGCCAGCUUCGAUCCUAGUAGUAUUAAGAACAGCUUCGAGUCUCGCUACAGGAUAGACGCUUACAGCGAUAACUCGAAGGCUACGAUGAAUUGCCACAACACAAACUCCUCGCAUGUUCCGCUAAAGGCGGGAUUCGACGACUUUGAUGGAGUUUCGGCAAAUUCGAUCGUCUCUGGCAAAGAUACACCGAACAUGCCGUUCAUGGAGGACAGCCUGAAGUCCGUCAAGAGCUCGCCUUUCAUAGACGCGAGGAGCGGGUCUCGGAGCAACCUCAGCCAGCUCUCCAUGAGCAACAAGUCAGGAAACAGCGCGAUGAACGCGAACAAGCAAAGCUUCCUGAAUAGCCCGAACUUCUCCAAGCUGGCCAGUCCCGACUACGAGAACGGUAGCCCGGAAAUCCUGUCAGCCGUCGAGAAUAGAGAGACGGUGACGCUACGAGUCGACUUCCCGUCCAUGGACACUAUCGAUAUCGGCAACGAGAAAAAGGACUCGAUACCGUUAGCCAUCGAGUACGUGAACAAGUCGGAGACACUGAACAAUGGGUACAUCGGUGGCGCGACCACGUAGUCGUAAACGCGUUCGUGGCGUGAGUUACUGCCCAACCGAUAUCGCGACUCGAACAGUGUUCCCCGAAUCUACGAGUCGCGAUGAAACAUUUCUCAAGUGCAUCGACCGGUGAAGUGUGUGUUCAAACGUGCAACGAUGUGAGUGCGUCGAGUCCAAAGUGGCCGGGAAGUCUGACAUGAACAUAUUCGGGGUAUUCCAAAACUGAACGACUAUUCGAAACCGGCAGUGUCUGUGCGACGAUUCGCGAGCCCGAAGUGCUCGCGACGAAACGUUCCAAAAAUCCCCCGACACUGAGUUUUCUAUACGCUCAAGCGAUACGUUGGACAAAAGUGCGUUUAGAUAGAUCGGGGUCAUUUUAAUCAUGUAAGUUUUAAUUUUAAGCUUUUGGACGCGAUCGGACGCGUAUCCCCGAUCCUGUGACGAUUGACGAUUUACUAUUUUCGUAAAGUACGCGGAUGUCUCGAUUUUCGUCUCUCCCGCAACAACUUAUUCGUAAAAACGCAGAGACGCAAAUCUUUAUUUUUGCGCGUUAACAUUAAAACAGACACUGCCUUUUUAGACCGAGAAAUAACAAUAAAUAGCGGAAACGAUGGAACAAAUUCCGAUCAAUCGACGACUACUAAACGAAGACGCGCGACUACCGUCUUUUCACGCCGGGUAAACAUAACAGCCGCGAUUGCGGCCGUGACACAUCUACGUAAUCGCAUCAAAGAUUUAUAUUAUUUAAUUGUUUAUAUUAUAUCUGCAUACGGAGUGAACGAACCACUCUAUGUAUGCGUGUCUAUAUGUAUAUACUUGUGUGUCUGCGUGUAUGUAUGUAUGUGUGUGCGUGUGUGUGCAUGUAUGUAUGUAUGUAUUCUGUUACAUUACCAUUAUUUCAGAGACGCGCUUGUUCGAAACUAACCGUAACAAAGAAAAGUCGGCUUCCUUUCUGUCAGUUGACCGUGUCGAAGCAGGGAAUCGAAGUGGCAAUUAAGCGCAUCACCUUGUAACUAGGCGGUGCGACGAUUUUAUAUUUUACAAGAGACACGCGUAUCGCGCUUAGCUGCCAUUUUGCACGAUUUUAAGCUUCUACGCGAUUAUUAAUAUCUACAAAUUAGGUUAUUCGACGUUCGUUGAAGAGGGAAUAUACCCAGAGACUAAGCUUCAAAUUUUAAUUGCACGGAAUGUUUCGUUUAAAGCAGAAAUAGAUACAGAUUUCAAGAGGGGAUGAAAGCAGUGAUGAGCAAAACCCUAGGCUUCGAAUAAAUCUGAAGUUUGCUGAUAUGUGUGUCUCGUUUCCUCAUUUAAAAAUUUUCCAAAGAAGGAAAUGAGACAAAUAU